AGAUACAUUCAGUCUAUUCUAAACCGGCGCGCGAGUUAUACGUUUACGUAUCCUGGUCCUCGCGAGCGCAAUUUCAUCGCGCAUCGUCGGCUUCGUCGACGAUCUUCUUCGUCGUUUCUCGCGAUAUAUUUCUGAACAGGAAACGCCGCGCGUUCAGACACAUAUAAAACUGGUGCAAAAAUCGCGUUUCAAAGAGCGGGAGAGACUUCUUGUCUCUCUUUCUGUACCUCUUUCCCGCGACUCACUCAUUUUUGAAACCCGCGCGUGUUUGAAAGCCCGCGAGAAAGUUUACAUCGCGACGAAGAGAAGCGAACGCUUCGAACAAAUCGAGCUAGCCAUCUCGCUCGCACGCGCUGCGUGUUUUCUUGCGAACGAGAAUACGAAAAAAAGGAGAAUCGACGCGCAAGUGAUACCGCCGCGCGAAAGAAAGACGCAUGUCGUCUGCGAACUAGUCGCGAGUUUGUGUUUUUGUUUAUGCGAAACGGACUCUUGCAUCGGUAACUACGCACUGGACACUGCGCUGCGCUGCGUUGCUACGUCAGAGGAAGUGCUAGUGGACGCGCCUCGGAAGGACGUCGCAGGAGGCGUUCUCCAGAAAGAUCGUUACAUCGUUCAAAAGUCAUGGUCUUCAUGAGAAAAGACACAUUCUGCAGUUUGAACUGAGUAUCGUGCUGUUUGAAUUCGCGCGGCGAUUACCGCGAUCUCGAAAGUUUCUUCGGCGAGAGGAGGAAAACGAAGUUUUCGAAGGAGUGGCACGUGAGAAACCGAAGAAAUAAAAGGUGGAAAUAAACGUAAGAAUGGACCAUGAAGAAACGGGGUGCCGGCUGGUAGUGGACAAGCGAUCGGCCACAUCGCUUCCGCCACAUCGUCGUCGGUCGUCGCUCGCGACGCGUUCCCGGUACGUCGUUCUCCAGACCCGAAACGAGUGGCAGGUGUCGUGCGUGGCAGCAGAUACGAGCUUGACAGGUGCGAUAAUCGGGGGUGGCCCGGUCGUUGGCGCCGCCGGGCCGGCGAUGCGACGAUGAGCUCGCCGAGGGUGCUGUUAUCCCUCCACACCCGACCAAAGCCCCGCGUAAUAGCAAGGCUGGGUAGUCUCGGAAGCUGCAACAGCGAGGCCGAGCGACGAGGAGCAGGCGGUUCAAGGCCGAAAUUAUCCGCGUGGCCAUGGACCACGAAGCGAGGAACGGAACCGGCAGCAACGACAACGAGAAGCUCACCCAUAUCUACUUCAUCGUCGGCGACCGCAGGGAGACGGCCACUUACAAGACGAACCAGGUCACGGACAUGGAACUCAAGGAGCUUUUUAGAAGCGCGGCAGAGGCUGGCCCUCUGGACAUCGUAAAGCUUCGCAAGGGAGACAAGCUCCUCAACAUUUCGACCCAUCUACCGCCGAACACGCCCGAUACGCCCUACGUUCUUCAGAUUGUUGGCUCGCAUCCCGCUUCCACGGGGGUGAUUGAAGCGGAGGUGCUUUGGGCUCUGGAGAGGCGCGUUGCGACUCUGGAGCGGCAACUGCGAGAGCAUCAGGAAGCUUUAUACGCCACACCCUCCCUCGCUUUGCGGGAAUUGAAACGCCAAGUGGAUAGUUUCAAGAACAAAUUGGAGAAUAACGAUCAGUUGAACUGGCUCAGUCUUUACAAGCAACUUCCGGAGCCCAUCUAUAUGGAUUCCUGCCGCAGAUUGCAAUAUCGCCGAAAGAGUGACAGCAUGAAGCGGAAAGUUCGGGAGAAGUUUCUCAAUAUCUGCGACGUAACAAUCUCGUCGAGUGUCCGCGAAUGGCUACGCUCGCCGGCUUUCGACGCGCGACAAUGGGAAGAUGAAGAGCUACUAUUGAUGCUGCAGACCAUGUUCGUCGAUCUUGACCUGCCUGAGAAGUUCAACAUUCCCUUGCCGAUUCUGAGGAACUUUCUUUACGAGGUCUACAAUAAUUACAACGAGGUGCCAUUUCAUAAUUUCAGGCACUGCUUCUGCGUGGCACAAAUGAUGUACGCGAUAGCCUGGGCGGUGGAUCUUCCGUCGAAAAUUGGCGACCUCGAGGUUCUCAUACUGAUCGUCUCCUGCAUCUGUCACGAUCUCGAUCAUCCAGGCUACAAUAAUAUCUAUCAGAUAAACGCGCGGACCGAACUGGCACUACGUUACAAUGAUAUCUCGCCCUUGGAGAAUCAUCAUUGUUCCGUGGCGUUCCGGGUCCUGGAGGCGCCCGAAUGCAACAUCCUCGCGUCCUUGGACAAUCCUACCUAUAGAAUAGUGCGCGAGGGCAUUAUACGAUGUAUCCUGGCGACCGACAUGGCUCGGCACAACGAGAUCCUCGGCCAGUUUACCGAUAUCAUUCCCGAAUUCGAUUAUACUAACAAAGCGCACAUAAAUCUGCUAUCCAUGAUUCUUAUUAAGGUGGCCGACAUAAGUAAUGAAGCGCGUCCGAUGGAAGUCGCGGAACCGUGGCUGGACAGGUUACUUCAAGAGUUCUUUAAACAGAGCGAUGCGGAGAAACUUGAGGGUCUUCCGGUCACGCCAUUCAUGGAUCGCGACAAAGUGACCAAACCAUCGUCUCAGGUUAGCUUCAUCGGCCUAGUUCUUCUUCCUCUCUUCGAAGCCCUCGGCGAACUUCUUCCCGAGCUACAGAAUCUCAUAGUUCAACCGGUUAGAGAAGCUCUGGAGUACUAUCGCAGACUGAACGAAGCUGCCAAAGACGAACGCCAUCAUCGGAAAAGUGUCAUAGAUGUCGGAGAAUCGGGCAUAUCCAACGCACCGAGCGGUGUUGGAUCGUCUGCCGUCGUCAAAUCCACGUCAUCGCACAGCAUGCGUUCGAAGCGAUCUGCCACGACGAUCCAUUCGCGCUCGCGCUCUACCGAUGACGAUAUUACGGAGAACUUGACGAUGGAAGAGAUGGAAAACGUCGAGAGCUCUGAUCCGGAGACCGCCACAGAAGUAGAAAUCAGCGAGAAGACGCUCAAAUUCAAGAUCUCCACCGAAGGAACGUUGGCCGGCCCGACCAUCGGCCGGAAGAGUUGCCCCAGCAGCCGCAAGGGCAGCCGGGAGAAAUCCUCGUUAGAUCAUCAUAAUCAAGAUCUGAUUAAAGCUGUUCGGGAAUACGAACGUGAGAGGAGACGCAGCAGGGGCGAAAAUCUUGGUAGCGAUCUCAGUUCGCCGGUCAGCGCAAGAUCUGCCGAAAGUACGCGUAUUCUCGAGGAAAUGGAGAAGGAGGCGAAGACAUUUCUAGUCGCCAAAAUUGAAGGCAGAACGCCAGAGGGAAACGGUAAUAUCGUCGUGGCAGAGACCCACUUGCAACCGAAGAAUAACGUGAAGAAAACCGGCAACAUCAUAGAGAAUGAUCAGGAAAUCCGAUCUAGUCGUAAGGACGCACACGGCAGUCGAGAGUCGAUCAAUUUGCGAUGUUGCUGCGACGAUAGAACUGGGUCAAAUAAUCACAAGUCUUUAUUGUCACGACUGAAAAUCUUUACGGAUCGUCUAAGCAGCAGUUUUGACUCUAGGGAGUCGUCCAGUCCAAAACCAAAGCACGCAUCCAAGAUGCUCACUAAAAGCAACUCGGUGAGCAGUGGUUCCACUGCGACCUCGAGGAGGCACAACAAUUCUUUAUUUAUCUGUAAGCGCUGCAACCUUAUUAAGUCUUCGAUUAAGGACAGCAAAGCUAUCGCAACUGUGGUAGAGUUAUCGUCGGUUGACAAACGAGCGAUGACUCUGCCCAAGGUUCGUAAAUCCACGGAUAGUAAAAACAAAAGCUGGCGGACGGUGUUCACUAAAGAAAAGAGAUCGUCUACUUCUUUAGAAGCUUUGCCGGCAGCCGGUUCGUUUUCCAAACACCGUAGAAAUUUAUCGAAUCCCGAGGGCAAGUCUCAGAGUAUGAAGGAAGUGAAAAGAUCUCGACAGGAUCUAGACAUUGAGUUCCAAGAAAUCGAUGUACGUCCGAAGCAGCAACAACCUGAAAUCAUAGUCAAUCCCGAUGAUACCUCAUGCGACAUUGAAGAGGAUCUCGGCAAGAUAGAGAUUAGAAGAAGCUCAGCCAGCAUGGAGGACAUUUCUCAAAUGGCAAAGCAGGCAGAAGCGGUCAUAUUGGGUUCGCUGAAUUCCAAGACGGAGGAACGCCCGCACACCGGUAGUUUGGACACGAUGCUCUGGAAGGAAGUGCCCAAAUCACGAAAGAAGCAUUCCACCAUGUUCGCGUCACCCGCCGCGACCAAAAAAUUCUCGCCUGGUUUAUUCUCGCGAUUCAAACCCGGGCAAAUGAGCAUUGAUAGUACUCGGAGCAACAGCAACAGCGAUUCUCUGCAUGAUCACGGUUCACAAAGCGGCUGGAUAUCCUCGUUGACAGCCAGUUUCAGGCCAAAGAGGCACCCGAAUGAAACACCGCUGUCACCGCAUCCACCUAGGUCACCUAGCAGAGAGGAGAUUAAGUGAUACGUCCUUGUGGUCGAGGAUUCCUCUGAGAAGAAACUCGGGCUUCGUAGGUGGUCCGAAAACCUGUUCUGCUGCAACAGUUAGGACUCAAAUGGAAAAAGUUUGAGCCUAGUUUAAGAAAUAUCCGGGAAUAUGUCUGUCGCGUUGCAAUACAAGAGAAAUUAGUAAAAUAAUUAUCAAGAAAAUUUUUGAAGAGGUUUAAAUUUUUUAACACAGGAAUGAUCAUGUUUUUCGUUGGAUAUUAAUUAUUGAUAUCGAUUAAUAACUGCAAUGUGCAGACAUCAAACUCCGAUCAAAUGCAUCGGUGAUAUUUAUUAUAAAUAUAUGUCGCGACAUAAAAAGUAGAAUGAAUUUUUGUGAUUAAUUCAUAUUAUGAUGAUUAAUGUCACAUUGCAAAAUGUGUGCGUGUAAUAUAGGAGAAUAAAAUCUAUUCUCGUAUAAUUAAAAGCAGUCAAUUUCGAACAAACAUAAUAUUUGUUCGAGAAAGCCAUCGAAAAAUAAAAAACAAAAUGUUAAUUAUAUCUAGAUAUAUAGAUUCCGAUUAAAUUGAAUUCUUUUUAAUUGAAUUUUUCUUGUGGAGGGAUCCUCAUACGACCAUAAUUUUAUGCCAUUGACUUUGGGUAUUUUAUGUCAUAACGACGCGAAGUCACAAGAAUCGAGAUAUUUUAUUUGCGAGGGACAUCUACGGCCUGCGGAAAACGAGGAUGUAUGUAUGUAUGUAUGUAUGUAUAUAUAUAUAUAUAUAUAUAUAUAUAUAUAUAUAUAUAUAUAUA